UACUACCACUGUUUGAUUGUUGUGUUGUGAAUUUAUAUUUUGUUUAUUUUUGUAUUUCCUGUCUUAAAAUCUCAACAAAAGUAAAUCAUUUCGUAUAGUUCAUGAAUAAAAGUCGUAUUUAUUGUAUAAAUUAUUAUUAUCGUGCAUACACCAACAAAUUAUGGUUAUAAUGAACACCAUGGAAGGUGUAGGCUCCUUGGAAGAACAAGCUUUGAAAAGGAAAGAACGUCUUAAAAACCUUAAGAGGAAAAACACAGAAGAUAAUGCAGCUUCAAAUAGUAAUGAGAAAAUGUCCCUACCCAAGCCAAAGUUCCGGAGCUACAAACCUCAAGACGAGAAGCUGCAGGAGUCAAAGAUGGAGGAUGCCCAGCCACCGGUGGUCGAGGAGGAAGUCAAGGAUCUACUGGAGGCAGCCAAGGAAAAGGUGGUUCUCGAAGACCUCGACAUCUCCAGUCUAGCUCCAAGAAAACCUGACUGGGACCUCAAGCGGGACGUGUCAAAGAAACUCGAGAAACUAGAGCGAAGAACCCAGAAAGCCAUUGCUGAGCUGAUCUGGGAGCGACUGAAGGAAGGAGGGGAAGACAACCUCGGGGCUAUGGUCACUAUGACCGAAAACAGACCAGCCGACGAUGACUGAUGUAUGUUACUUAAGAUUUAAUUUAUAUUUUAAUAGUAAUGAUUCCAUUAUACCUCAUUUUUAAGAUUGUAAA